GACAAUGUCCCCUGGUUUCCUCGACGCGGCAUUACCAAACUCCAGAAGAACAUGACAGAGAUGUCCUCGGGCUAGUGUUCCUGUGACCGUGUAUCGCGACAUAUCGUCCUCGCCUUCGACCGAAUUGUCCUCGCUUUGACUUGCGCCGGUGUACCUACACAGCAGCCAUGGCGGCGCAAUCGAAACUACUCCCACCAGGACGGACGGUCAAACAAUUGAUCUCGGAUCUGACAUCCUUGUACCUAAAACACCGCACCAAAGUCUCGCGGACGGUGUAUAUCACGCUGGUCGCGGCUCUGGUCCAUCGAAUCCACAAUGCCAUCUCGGAGCAAAAGGCAGCGGCGGCCAGGAGACAAGAUGAACUACGAGUAGUACGGACGCGGCAAAGCGACGAAGCCGCGGAGGAGUCGGAACCUAGCAAAAAACAAAAGACAAAGAGGGUGGAAAUCAAUAGAGAGUUCCUGCGCAACCUGCUACGGCUGCUCAAGAUCGUCAUCCCGGGUUGGCGGAGCAAAGAGUUGCGCCUGAUUGUGAGCCACAGCGUGUUCCUCGUUCUGCGCACCCUGCUGUCGGUAUACGUCGCCGAACUGGACGGCAAGGUCGUGUCGGCGUUGGUCAAAGGCCGCGGACGAGACUUCGUGUUGGGCCUGGUAUGGUGGAUGAUGGUGGCUAUCCCGGCGACCUUUACGAAUUCCAUGCUGCAGUACCACCAGACGCGACUGGCGCUGGCAUACCGCACACGCCUCGUGAACCACGUGCACGAAAAGUAUCUCGACAACGAAAAGAUGACCUUCUAUGCUCUGUCGGCGCUGGACGAUCGGAUCAAGAACGCCGACCAACUCGUGACCGUCGAUAUUGCGCGCUUCAGCAACUCGCUGGCUGAAUUGUAUUCCAAUCUCGCCAAGCCGAUCUUGGACAUGGUCAUUUACAACUAUUCUCUCUCCAAAUCUGUAGGUGGCGAGGGCCUGUUUGCAAUGGCGUUGCUGGUGCAGCUGUCAGCCAAUGUGAUGCGGGCCCUGACGCCGCCUUUUGGACGUUACGUCGCGGAUGAGGCGCGCUUGGAGGGAGAGUUUCGUUUUCAGCAUACUCGGCUCAUCGAUUACAGUGAAGAAAUCGCGCUGUACGCGGGCCAUGAAGCAGAGAAGGACGGCCUGGAUAAAGGUUAUUUCACGCUGAUCAAACACGUCAACCGGAUACUGCGAAGACGCUUCUACCAUGGCUUCAUGGAGGAUUUUGUCAUCAAGUACUUCUGGGGUGCUCUGGGUCUGAUCCUGUGCUCGCUACCCGUCUUCUUCAAGAUCCCCGGACAGACCCUGCAAGCGGCCGGUGAUCACACAGAAAGCUUUGUCAAGAAUCGUCGAAUGCUACUGAGUAGCUCAGAUGCCUUUGGGCGCAUCAUGUUUUCUUACAAGGAAAUCACCGAGUUGGCGGGAUAUACGUCUCGCGUUGCGGGAUUGCUGGACGUCAUGGACGACGUGCGUGCAGGCCGGUUCGAGAAAAACUUGGUCAGCUCGGCGAGCAUCGAAGAGAAUGCGGCCGUUCUAAAGGGGAGAGGAAGCAUCGAGGAAAGUGCAAACAUUGAGUUCAAGGAUGUUCCCAUUGUCAGUCCAAACGGUGAUGUUCUAGUGAAGAAGUUGACGUUUGCCAUCAAACCUGGUGACCACCUGCUUAUCGUGGGGCCGAACGGCUGUGGCAAGUCCAGCCUGUUCAGAAUUCUCGGUGGCCUGUGGCCCGUGUACGGUGGGAGUGUGAAGAAGCCUAGCUUCGAGGAUAUCUUUUACAUACCCCAGCGGCCAUACCUGAGCAGAGGUACACUGCGGGACCAGAUCAUCUAUCCCGACACAUUGUACGAAUUCCGUGCAAAGAACGGGUCUGAGGAAGCCUUGAGAGAAAUCCUGGUCAUUCUCGAGAUCGAGUCGAUCCUCAACCGGCCAAAUGGCUGGGACGCGGUGGAGGAAUGGCGAGACGUGUUUUCCGGUGGUCUUCAACAACGGAUCGCCAUGGCAAGGCUCUUUUACCAUAAGCCUAAAUAUGCCAUUUUGGACGAAUGUACCAGUUCGGUGACCUUGGAGAUGGAGAGGAAAAUGUACGAGACUGCAAAGGGGCUCGGGACCACGCUCAUGACGGUGAGUCAUCGACGCAGCUUGUGGAAAUAUCAUAGUAUGAUUCUCCAGUUUGAUGGACAAGGAGGAUACGUCUUUAGCAAACUCGAUGCCGAGAGGAGGAUCAAACUGGAGGAUGAGAAGGAAGAAUUGGAUGCUCUGCUCCGCGGUGUUGAAGGAUGGAAAGCAAGAUUAGCUGAAUUGGAAGGUUGACGAUGAGGAUGAUGACCUUGGAAGAAGAAGUACUUGGCCAUUACCAAGAAGGUCAAGAAUUCGUCUUAUUUCAUUACCUGAGAAGGUACGGAGUACCUGUAUAUCUACUAUUCCCCGAGGUUUGUAGAGUCGGUACUAUCAGUGGAAGAGGAAAUGAUUAAACCAGACACCCCUCUAGAUGGAGGCAAGCGAACCUACCUGGCACUGGCUAUCGAAAUGCUAUUUGGUCGUGGAGGAUGCACGCAGACGCAUACUCACUCACACCACAUUCACACUCAUAUACAUAUCUGUCUGCCUGCUUGGAGG